AAGAGAGCGGUAAUUUCAGUCAGGAGUGUCGCGGUCAGCCCCUCAUGUGACCGUUGGGGGUCCUGACUGCGGUGCUGUGUGUAGUUCAUCAUGGCGGCGAACAGCAGCAACAACACGAGCGGUAAAAGUGGCGGAAAGCAGCCCGCUCCGUCUGCUGAGCAGGUGGUGGCUACUUUCCAGAGGAUGCGACAGGAGCAGCGCAGCAUGGUUUCCAAGUCUGCAGAGUUUGAGAUGGAGAUCAAUGAACACAGCCUCGUCAUUGAGACGCUAAAGGAAGUCGAUCCGUCGCGGAAGUGCUUUCGUUUGGUUGGCGGCGUGCUCGUGGAGAGGACGGUCAAAGAAGUCCUGCCUGCGUUAGAAAACAAUAAAGAACAGAUCACGAAGAUCGUGGAGUCGCUUAACACACGGAUGCAGGCGAAAGGGCGGGAGCUGACGGAGUACCGCGAGCGCUACAACAUCCGAUUAGUCGGAGAGGACGACAAACAGAGCAAAGCGGACGCCAGUCAAGCCAAAGAGAGCGAAGGAGGAGGCUCGAAAGGAGGCGCCGGAGUGCUCGUCUCCUAGUGGAUUUGUCUUUAAACGCUGGUUGGCGGAGAGACUGAGUUGGCAUGUUUCUAUUUAGUCGUACAGAUGCCAGUCAUAAAGCACGAAAGAGAGUGAAAGUCAUGCACGUUUUGUACGUUCAUAACAUUAAAACACAACGACACAUUUACAGCCGAAUGCAUCGGCUAAAUUGUUUUCCAUUAUUUGCUUUUCAGUCCAGUUUUAGUCAACAAGCGUGUCGUUUCAUGUUUAAAUGGACUGCAUAAAUUCUCCAUAUUCAAAAUGGUUUUGAGGCUUGACUUUCGCUUUCCUCCGCUUUGGGAAGACGUGAUAUUUAGUCAUAUUUGGUGCGGAGUGAAACGAGCGACUGUCUCGUACCCUGGACCUCUGACUGUUGACUGCAGCUCGGCGCCAUCGUUUAUCAUGUCAUGACUGUACAACUGUGGACGAAGCCUUUUUAUGUUUGUUUUGUUUUUGUGGUUGUUUCGGUUAUUGAAUUAAAAAUGCAAAAG